CCGCGCCUCGCCAGCCGGGUGCAGCCGCCGCGCGCCGAGCGAGCGCCACGAUGGGGCUGGAGACCGAGAAGGCGGACGUCCAGCUCUUCAUGGACGAGGACGCCUACAGCCACCACAGCGGCCUCGACUACACCCACCCUGCCAAGUGCGCGGACUCGGACCCGGAUCGGGAUCCAAACCAGCUCAACGAGCAUCUCAAGCUGGACUUCCAGGAUGUGAUCGCAGAGCCCGAGUCCACGCACUCCUUCGACAACGUGUGGAUCUGCAGCCAUGCCCUCUUCGAGGUCAGCAAAUUCGUGGUUUACAAGUUCCUGACCCUGUUCCUGGCGAGCCCCCUGGCCUUUGCCGCGGGGAUUCUCUUUGCCACCCUCAGCUGUCUGCACAUCUGGAUUAUAAUGCCUUUUGUAAAGACCUGCCUAAUGGUCCAGCCUUCGGUGCAGACAAUAUGGAAGAGCAUGACAGACGUUGUCAUUGCCCCAUUGUGUGUGAGCGCAGGGCGCCUCCUCUCUUCUGUCAGCGUGCAGCUGAGCCGCGACUGAACACGUGGUCCCAGAAAUCUCAUUAUUCCAAAAUGAUAACUUACACAAAUGAUGUCUAUGAUGUGAGUAGUUACUACAAUUUACACAUCUUAAAAGUAUGAAAUGCUCAAAUUUCAGGAUUACUAUAAGAACCUGAAUUAACAUUCAUUUAAAUAUCUUCAUAGAUGACAAAACUUCACUCAAAUAUUAAUUUUAUUUUUCCACAUUGCCAGGACUGGUGAAAUAAAGGAUGAUUUAUUGGAAUAUUAUUGGGGACCAAGGCAAAUUAAUGAUUAAAUUCUGAGACUUGUAUUUUUCUGAAAGUAACCUCAAAAGAGGCUUUUAAAACUGCCUUAUGCCAUGAUAGCAUCCCUAUGAUCAUUACCUGAAAGCAUUGCCACUCAUCUGGCAAGUUUUAAAAUCAAAAUAUACACACAAAGUCAUAUAAAAAAAUCAAGUAACUUUAAAAAAUGAUAAAUAUGAGCUCCGUAUUUCUUAAUAGCAUUGGAUACUUUCACAGUGAAUUUUUAUUGAGAUUUGCCAUUAACGCUUUCAAAAACUGAAAUUUUGUACCAAGUUGAUCCAGGUCACAUGUGCAAACAUGUUUGUUCUUUAGCUGGUGUGGGUGAGAGGUGGGUGAUUUGGAGACUUUCUCAAUAUCCAUAAUAAACUUUCUAAAAAACCCAUAGAUACAUUCAUUGCUUUUCUUACAUUAAAUAUAGAACUGAUCAAUAAAGAUUCUGUUCUAAGUACCUUCUUAAAAACUCAUAAUGCAUUAAAAAACAUGAAUUAUUGCUUAUUCAGGAAUGUAUUGGUGAAAAUUAUGA